CAGCGCAAGGUUUUGUCAGUGUUGGUGGAAACCGAGCACGUGCCUCCCUUAACUUGAUAAGAGUGUUUCUUCCCAAUCGACGGCGUUUCUCACGCGAGGUCCGCCUGCACUGCAGUAUAAUACGGGCAACUUGCAGCAGCAGUACGUAGUGCACGGUGCUUUCGGGCUGCAGCGCGGGGACGGUACGUCGGCGUCAUGGCUGGAAGGAACGUGCUCAUCGUUUACGCCCAUCAGAGUCCUGCCUCCUUCAACGCAGCGGUGCGGGACGUGGCGGUGGAGGUGCUGGAGCAGCAGGGCUGCCGGGUCGUCGUGUCCGACCUCUACGCCAUGAACUUCAGAGCCUCUGCCACCAGCCAGGACAUCAAGGGUGAGCUGAAGAACCCAGAGCAUUUCCACUACGGGAAUGAGACUAUGUUGGCUUGGCAGGAGGGACGGCUGAGUGAUGACAUCACACAGGAGCAUCGCAAGGUGGAGGAGGCCGAGCUCAUCAUCUUCCAGUUCCCCAUGUAUUGGUUCAGUGUACCUGCUAUCCUAAAGGGUUGGCUGGACAGAGUGCUGACCCAGGGUUUCGCUUUCUCUUUGGAAAAGAUGUACAACAAUGGCAUCUUCAAGCAUAAGAAAGCAAUGCUGUCAUUCUCUACGGGAGCGCCGGAGAGCAUGUUCCUUCCUGACGGAAUCAACGGGGACAUAAACGUAACUCUGUGGCCCCUGCAGAAUGGUGUGCUGCACUUCUGUGGGUUCCAGGUCUUGGCCCCUCAGAUUUUCUGGUCGCCAACUUUCAGCCCCCCGCAGGUGCGAGAGGCCAUGCUGGGGGCGUGGCGGGCGAGACUGGGAGGGCUGUGGGAGGAGACACCCCUGACCUUUGCCCCCUCUGAGUAUUUCGACCUGAGCUUCCAGGGGGGGUUCCGUCUCCGCUCAGAGGUGAAGGAGGAGCGUGGUGAGCACCCUUAUGGCAUCACUACGGGACAUCACUUGGGGAAACCCCUCCCCCCCAACAACCAGACAAAGGCCACGCCCCCCAACGACAAAAACCAGCCUAAGCAUUGAAAGCCACAUGCUUCACACACACACACACACACACACACACACACACAC